CGACGUUUAGUUCCACAAAUUACCUGUACUGUCAUAGAUCAGUAACGAUGAGCCCGAUUUUUAACGUGGGUUUAGUUUUAGCAAUAGUUGGACAUGCGAGUGCUUUUAUUGACAAGAAUGUAUACCAGUGUCUUAUUGACCAGAAUCUUACAGCCAUGGCGCAGCUUAUCAGGGAUGCAAAUUUGAUUUCAACACUCACAAAUGGAGGACCGUUCACAAUUAUGGCUCCGACAAACCAUGCCGUGGCUAACAUUGAUUCCGACAUAAUGGUCGCCUUGACACGAAACCCUGUCCUUCUGAAACAGGUUGUACGAUACCAUAUACUCGAUAAAUACGAGGUUAUACCAUCUUUGAUAAGUGCUGGACAGGUCGACACUUCUGAAGGACAACCUAUUAAAGUCACAAGCGGACCAGCUGGCAUCCUAUUAAACAACGCCUCGAUGAUGCUAGGAGGGUCAAGCAGUGACAUUGUCUGUAACAAUGGUAUUAUCCAUGUUAUAAACACUGUGCUCAUACCACCUGUAUUCAGCACAGACAAUCUAGCAGCUGUUCUCGUAGAAAGGGAUGACAAAUUCAAGGACUUCUUUUUGUAUGUUCUCCUUAGCAACAUGACCCACCUGAUCGAAUCUGGAGAGUACACAAUAUUUGCACCAACUGAUUUAGCGUUCGGAAGAUAUUCCCAUCUGAGCGACAUUCACCGAGAUACCCCAAAUAGAGCGUCCAUUUACAUGGAGGUCCUUAAAUACCACAUGGUACCCGGAGCCAGAACAAGCCACCAUCUUAAAAAUGGACAGUCACUCUUCACUCUGCAUGGAUCACCUAUACACAUAUCAACGAGCAGCAACGGUUUAAUGGUAGACGAUGCGAUGGUGGUUGAGGCAGACAUUCCAGCCGCUAAUGGUGUGAUCCAUGCUGUUGACCACGUUCUUUUUCCAGCGGAUCUCCUCGCUCAACUUGUACAAGGAUAAGUCGGCUGCUAAUAAAUGUUAACAAAUCGUUACCACA